AUGGAGAGGUGGAAGAUCAAACUAAAAAAGAACUGGAAAUUUCUAUCAAUGUUUACAGGGAAUGUAGGACACACUACUUUGAGGAUUCAAGGUUUUAUCAGAGGCAAACCUAUUAAUGUGCUGAUUGACAGUGGCAACACUCAUAGUUUUGUGACUCCCAAGUGGGCUAAAGAAGGAGUAGAGGUAGUUAAUACUCAACCAUUGACUAUUACAGUAGCUAAUGGGGAAAAAUUGUUCAGUACUGCCAGAAGCAAUAAGGUGAGUUGGAAGAUGCAAGGUUAUGAAUUUCAGCAUGAUUUCAGGGUAUUGUCUUUGGGAGGCAGUGACAUGGUAUUGGGGGUGGACUGGAUGGAGGAAUUUAGCCAUAUAUUGAUGGAUUUUAAGGCAAAAACCAUUAGUUUUGAGAAGGAUGGAAAGGCUGUUGUGAUUAGAGGUACUAAAAAAUUACCACUAAUCAAACCCAUAACAGGUGAAAAAUUUCAGAAAUUGGUGGAAAAAGAUACUGAAUUAACUGGAGAAAUUUAUUUGUUAAAUGCUGAAGUGCAAGACAAUUUAAUUCCCCUACCUUUGCAAGAAUUAUUGGAAGAGUUUAAUGAAGUGUUUGAAGAACCAAAAGGAAUGCCUCAUAGGAGACAACAUGAUCAUGCUAUUGUUUUGAAACAAGGAACACAACCAGUUAAUUUGAGACCCUAUAGAUUUGCUGAGAUGUUAUCAUCUUCUAUCAUACAAGUAAGUAAAAGCCCUUUUGCUUCUCCUUGUUUUCUUAUUAAAAAGAAAGAUGGAACUUGGAGAUUCUGUGUAGACUAUAGACAACUUAACUCUGCUACAGUUAAGAAUAAGUUUCCUAUUCCUAUAGUAGAAGACUUAUUGGAUGAACUAUAUGGUGCUACUUUCUUUUUAAAGAUUGAUUUGAGGUCUGGUUAUUGGCAAAUCAGGAUAAGAGAUGAGGAUAUUCAUAAGACUGCUUUUAGAACUCAUCAAGGGCAUUAUGAAUUUAAGCAGCAAGUGGAGUAUUUGGGGCAUCUUAUUUCAGCUAAGGGAGUGGCAACUGACCCUGCUAAAAUUAAGGCUAUGCAACAAUGGCCUCUGCCUAAGAACCUAAAAGCUUUAAGAGGGUUCUUGGGUCUCAGAGGAUACUAUAAUUAUUUUUUAGAAACUGAUGCUAGUUCAAAGGGAAUUGGGGUUGUUCUAUCCCAGGCAGGUAGACCUAUAACUUACUUGAGUAGGGCUUUGGGUCAUAAGCAUACAUAUCUUUCUAUUUAUGAAAAGGAAUAUUUGGCUAUCCUGAUGGCAAUAUCUUAUUGGAGACACUAUUUAGAGAGUGGGUCUUUUGUGAUUAAAACAGAUCAUGAACCUUUGAAACAUCUCCUAGAACAGAAAUUAACUACAGCUUUACAGAAGAAAGGGCUUACAAAGUUGCUGGGGCUGGAUUAUACCAUUCAGUACAGAAAGGGUAAAUCUAAUAAGGUGGCAGAUGCACUCUCUAAACAACAGAUUGAUUUUAGUGAGUUUUUACAGAUGGGGGUCACACUUAUAACUCCUACUUGGGUAAAUGACAUUGAAAAGAGUUAUGAAGGUGAUGUCAUAGCUCAAGAAAAAAUUCCUAUUCUGAUUCUUCAACCAGAGAGUAUGGAGGAUUGGAAGUUAACUAAAGGAGUUUUAUAUUUUAAGCACAUGAUUUAUGUUGGAAGUACAAGAGACCUUAGACAGAAGAUAAUUGUGGCUCAGCAUGAUUCCCCACAAGGAGGACACUCAGUUCCAAACAAUGCUUGGGAAGUGAUUACAAUGGACUUUAUUGAAGGAUUACCACCUUCAACAAAGUACAAUUGUAUUCUGUUGCUACCACAAGCUGAGUUGUGGUAUAACACAAAUUACCACACAACUUUACAGAUGACCCCAUUUGAGGCAUUAUAUGGGUAUAAACCCCCUAAUUUACACUGGUCAGGAGAGUCAAGGGUGGAUGCAGUUCAGAGUCUGAUGCAACACAGAGAUCAAUUGAAUUUAUUCCUAAGAGAGCAACUACUCAAAGCAAGCAAUAGAAUGAAACAAAUGGUGGAUAAAAGUUGCACUGACAGAGAAUUUCAAGUCGGAGAUGAAGUUUACCUGAAACUUCAACCAUAUAGACAUACAUCUCUUGCAUUGAGGAAGAAUCUGAAACUUGCUGCUCGAUUUUUUGGCCCUUACAAAAUACAGAAGAGAAUCAGUCAAGUUACGUAUAAACUUGAUUUGCCACCAGAAUCGAGGUUGCAUCCGGUGUUUCAUGUAAGUUUACUUAAGAAAAAAGUAGGGCAACAGGCGUUUACCUCGAUAAAUCCUCCGGAGGUUGCGUCAGACGGUUAA